AUGGCUCGAGGGAUACUGAGUCAGAUUCUUGUCGCGUUUUUCUUCCUCUCCAGCGUCCUCGCUGAGGUGGACUCCGUGGACUCCGCUGACUCCGUUGACUACUUUGACGACAUCCGGGGUGUAUCUCUCGCACCGCUCCGGACGCUUCUCCAGAAUGAUGAAUACGUUUGUAGCAAGAAAAAGCCUUGCAAAAAUGGAGCCUGCUGCGGCAAGUCCGGAAACUGCGGCUACGGCAAGACCUACUGUGGUACGACUGGUAAAUCGCCCAACGACGCCUGCUGGAGCAACUGCGAUGCCCACGCAGAAUGCGGCAAAGACGCUAAGAAAAAGGGCACCAAAUGCCCUCUGAACGUCUGCUGCAGCGAGUAUGGCUUCUGCGGAACGACAGAGGAGUUCUGCGGGAAGGGGUGCCAGAGUAACUGCAAGCAGCCGGGUUCUGGCGCGUCUGAUGGAAACGUGCAGGAGCGCAUCAUCGGGUAUUAUGAAGCGUGGAACCAUGGCAAGAGCUGCAUGGGCAUGAAGAUCCACCAGAUCCCUGUAGAGAGCUUGACCCAUGUGAAUUAUGCCUUCGCUUAUAUCUCCCCGGAUGACUAUGAAAUCGGGCCCAUGCCUGACGUUCCGGAAAAAACACUCAAGGAGUUUACCUCCUUGAAAGAGCGUAAUCCGAAAGUGGUCCUGGGGGUCUCGUUGGGUGGCUGGACAUUCAAUGACAAUCACACCGACACCCAGGCGGUCUUUGCAGACCUCAGUUCCACAGACAAGAAACGUUCGAAGUUCAUCAAGAACCUUCUCUCGUUCAUGCGCCACUAUGGUUUCAACUCCGUCGAUAUCGACUGGGAAUACCCCGGCGCGCCAGAUCGCCAGCCGCCCAGCUGGGACGGAAAGAACGACGGUAAGAACUAUGUGAAGCUGAUGAAGGACAUCCGCAAGGCUUUCAAAGACGAGGGGCUGGACUUCGAGCUGUCCUUCACAGCACCGACCUCGUACUGGUAUCUUCGCUGGUUCGAAAUAUACGAGAUGGUCGAAGCCUCCCACUACGUCAAUUUGAUGAGUUACGAUCUCCACGGGAUAUGGGACGCGAACAGCACGAUUGGCAAACACGUGCUGGGACACACCAACCUAACCGAGAUCGACCUGGCUCUUGACCUCCUGUGGCGAAACAAGGUGCCUGCGAAGAAGGUCAAUAUGGGCCUAGCCUUCUACUCCCGCACCUUUGAGCUCAAGGAUAAGAGAUGCGACGAACCAGGCUGUAUCUACAAAGGCGGCGGCAAGAAGGGCGCCUGCACCGAUGCCACCGGAAUUCUCGCUUACAGCGAGAUUGUCGAUAUCAUCGCGCGGGACGACCUGACUCCGGUGUAUGACAAGGAAUUCGCGAUCAAGUACAUUGUCUGGAACAACCAGUGGAUCUCGUACGACGACCAGCAAACCUUCCAACAGAAGAUCAAGUUUGCCAACAAGAAGGGCCUGGGUGGUCUUCUGCUCUGGGCCAUCGACCAGGAUGAUCGCAAUCGCGACGCCUUGCGCGGCGUGCUAUACCCGCAGGACCUGGUCAUGUCGGACAGUCUCAAGGACGACACCAGCUACUGGGAGAGUCAACACCCCGGAAACUGCGUAACGACGGAAUGCGGCAAGAAGUGCGGCACCGGAUACAUCGAGAUGACCGAUUUCGACUGUCCUGACGGCGGUGGCGUCUCGCGUAUCUGCUGCCCUAUAUCCGCCGCCCCGGACCCAGAGACGUGCAACUGGCGCGGUGGGCCUCCAUUGUGCAAUGGACAGUGCCAUGGCGGAGAGGUAGCUCUGGCUUCCGCAGUGGAUGGAGGCAAUGGACACUGCUCGGACGGUCGUCAAUUCUACUGUUGCCCUAUCCCCGAGGUCGCUGCUGGCGGUGGCAUCAACUGCGGCUGGAAGGACCAAUGCGGGGAUGAUCAGGAAAUCAUGACCUUCGCAGGAACGUUCCUGACCACAAUAUCAGACACGCUGGAUUUUGGCGGGCUGGUGGGUCAGGCCCUAGGGGAUAUUCUGGACGACAUCGACAUGGACAACAGACGGUCAUACUGCUGCUCCAAAAAAGAGAUUAAGAACUGGAAAGACUGCUACUGGGCGGGAGGGCCAGGCCGUGGGAUUCACAGCUGCGAUGAUAACCAUUGUGAAACCGGGAUCGAAGUCGAGCUCACGCUGAGUCCCUACGGUGAAGGAGAGGACUGCUUCCCCACUGCCCGUCAGAGAGCCUUCUGUUGCACGCCGGAGAGUGGCGAGACUCCAUUCCUCCCCGUGCCGCUGGAAUAUCUGUUUCCAAAUCCGCCCCUGGGUGACUCGGACGACCCGGAUUUCAACCUGCAGAUCGACGAUACCUGGGGCACAGGCGACACGAAAGUGGACGAUGAAGAUGAGCCGGAUGACGCUGCCUUUGGCUUCGUGGUGAUCACUGCCCCCGACGAGGUGCACGUCAGUCUAGACAAGAGGGAUGGAUCCCCAUGGGAGCUGAUGGGCUGUCCCGAUAGCGAGAGCGAAGAGGCACACACCGUCCGAAUGAUCUGCGCUGAUCCUACCAGCGGUCGAUGUGAUCACAUCCACCGCGGCGAUGGUGUCCCCGGGACCAUCCUCCAGAUGCCUCCUCGAUGUGGUCCCGGCCGCUACGCAGUCGCCAAGUCGUUCGACGUCUCUGAGGACCAGUCUCUCCCGGGCCAUCUGGCGCACGUCAAACGGGAUCUGGGCGGCGCCUCGGUCUACGACCUCACGUUCGACUAUGACUUCCAGCGCGUGCCACGUGCCUAUGGCGAAUCCCAGAUGCGGAUCGACUUCAGUAACCAGCCGGGAUAUUGGGACUCCGUGGUGGACCGGCCUGCGGAAGGGAAAGACGAAAGACACAUGAAUAAGAUGAAGCGAUCUGAGACAGGUUACCAUAAGAACCGCAAGCGCUGGAUCGAGGACGAAUGGCGGGAUGCCUAUCAUCAUGGUGGCAUGGACCGUGACCAACUGCAUAAGCGAUGGUUCGGAGAGGGUGUCCUCAACUGGCUGGCAAACUUGAUCGUUGUCGGCAAGGCUGAGGUCACCGAAGAGCUCAACCAUAAGGUCAAUGAGAAGGUCGAACUCGUUUUGAUUGAUCAACAGUUUGGGCCAUGUCCGGUUGGCCCGGCACAGGCCCAAGCGAAUAUCCGGUCAACGAUCACGGCAGAGCUCGAUGUCGAGACCUCUUUCGGCUUGACCAUCAUCACGACGCUUCACGACGGCCUGAACCUCAGCAACUCGUAUCUCUAUUUCAAGAACAAGGGUGAAGUGAAGGCCAGAUUCGAACUCGAUGCAGUAGCUUCCUUGACUUACUCUACGGGCGAUAUCAAGUUGCUCGGCCUGGACGACUUCCCUGGCGCCACCUUCCGUGUGCCAGGGGUAGUUACCGUCGGUCCAAACCUGGCAGUGUAUGCCUCGGCGGAUGCCUCCCUCGUAGUAUCCGGUCAUCUCGAAGCAGCUGUGACGCUCGCCUCCUGGGAAGUGCAGCAGACCUACCCUCAGACCAAGGAACACCCAGCCGAAACUCUCGACAAGCCAGACCGCGACGGCACACAAACCAUCGGCGAUCCCACCUUCGAUUUCUCCGUGCAGGCCCACGGCGAGAUCGCCCUCCACCUUAAACCCACCGUGACCUUCGGCAUCGUCUUCGACAAACGUUGGAAGGUCGACCGCUGUUCGGCGGACCUCGUCCUCGAUGGAUACAUCGUUGCGCACGCUGAUGCCGGGUAUUCUCGCAAGGGCGACAACAGUUGUCCCUUCCACUAUGGAAUCGACGCCGGUUCAACCAUCUACGCCCAGCUGGCGGCCCCCGAUAUGUUCGGUUGGGGCGGCGAGCACCGCGUCACGCUGUCCGAGUCGCCUCGAAAGCAGAUCACCCCCGACACCUGUCCCAAGGAAGAGGACGAAGAUGAGAAGAAGAAGAAAAAGAAGAAGUCGACGCCCAAGCGCGCCACAGUCGAUGCCCUCGACCUCGCAGGCGAGUAUCUUUCCCCCGCGGUCCGGGGGAACGAAGCGCUGAAGAUGCUGAGCCCCAUGCAUGGCAAGCGGGACACCCUGACCCUCGGCCCGCUCGUCACCAUCCCCGACAGUUUCCUCAACUGUCCCAGCGACGCAAAUAAGUCCAACGGGUCGGCGUGUGCCUUGUGCUCCCUGUUCGGCGAGUCCGACGACAGCAAAAGCGAGAAGAAAGCAGCGCUCCUGACAAGACGCGAUGGGGGUGACUCUUGCCCCUACUAUCCACCGGGAGACAAUGCGCGAUGCUCCAACUCCGACUUCACUUCUCGGGACCCGCAAGACGAUAAGACGAUGACUCUGUCAUGGCUCGGGUCGGAUAAGUACGUAUACUCGAAGUAUCCGCGCUGUAACGCGAAGAACAACGGGCCAACCAAUGUGGCCAAGUGGUACCUGCCGGAAUUCAUGACCGCCAACCAGAAUAUUGCGGUCAGCGACCCAACACGGUGCUCCGCAAAGACCAUCAAGCAAUCCACCACGCAGGUUGGCAGCGACUGGCUGGUCAAUGGACUGGCUGGCCUCCCCACGAGUGACUUCCGAACGGAGCACAUCUUCGAAGUGCACUUGGUCAAGCAUUUCCUCGAGUGGGUGUGCGCGGGCAGCCAGGAGCUCUCGUACACAGGUCUGACCAAACUCCCAUUUCCGAAGAAAUGGAGUCGCCCAGACCACCAGUGGUGCGAGGAUCUAUUCGGAGACCCGGAGAGCGGUGGAUUGGCGUGGAAACAAAACGGCAAAGGCCCGGACAUCAACUGGAUCCAGCAGACAGCCAAUGUACUGGGAAGUAACGACAAAGACGACCUGCUGGUCAUGUACCACGACAAGCCAAAUGGGGUGAAGAAGGUCAUCACCGAAGGCCACAAGCCGGGAUACGGGACUGCAAACGAGAAGGGUACAGCGGAUGCGAUCAUGAUGAGUGCCACCGUCUUUGACUACCUCCGCACCCUCGAAUCCAAAUGGACCAAACCCUCCAAAGACAUCGAGAAGAUCUGCGACGACUUCGACAAGCAGUACGAGUCGCGCAAGCCCUUCCAAACAACCGGCAAAGAGCUCAAGAUGCCCGCGAAGCCCACAGGAGUAACCAGCUGGGGUCUGCGCACGCUCUGGUGCUACUGGAUCGACAACCACCUGAGCAAGGUUGAGCAAGUCCAGUCGGCAUGGCUCACGGCCUCCAGGUCCAAGAUGGACGGGUUUCAGACGCAGCCGGCGACCGACUUCAUCACCCAGGUCAUCGACUCGGCCACGGGCGCAGCCUAUAGCAGCAAAUUCAAGUUUCCGCAGCCCAACGCGGGCAAGGCGCUUCCUGGGCAGCCUGGAGGCGCGGCGAAUGACAACCGGAAUCCGAAGAUGUAG